UAGGCGGGAGAAAGGAUGCCUGUAGCACGGGGGAAAUCAAGAUCCAAGGCACCAGUGACUUUUGGGGACUUAGCCAUCUACUUUUCUCAGGAGGAAUGGGAGUGGCUGAGUCCCAGUCAGAAGGAUUUAUACGAAGAUGUCAUGUUGGAGAAUUAUCACAAUCUGGUGUCACUGGGUCUUGUCUCCCGGAGGCCAAAUAUCAUCACCUUGUUGGAGAAAGGGAAGGUACCGUGUGUGACAGAGCCAUCGAGACGGCGCCGGGGCCCUGAAUUGGGCUCUAAGUGUGAGACCAAGAAGCUACCACCAAAUCAAUGUAACAAACCUGGGCAAAGCAUCUGUACGAAAGCAGUGUCUUCACAACCAAAGGAUCCCACAGGGAAAGCAAAACCUAACAAAAAUUCAUUCCCAAGAAAACCCAAGAAAGGACAUUCAGGCAAGAAGUCUUUAAAGUGUAAUCGUUGUGAGAAAACCUUUUCUCGAAGCUUAUCCCUUAAACUUCAUCAAGACUUUCACACUGGAGAGAGGUCUUACGCGUGCAGUCAUUGCGGACAAGUUUUCAGGCAGAUCUUCUCCCUCAUUCUUCAUGGGAGAGUUCACAGUCAGAAUAAAAGCUACGAAUGCGAUAAAUGUGGGGAAAUCUUUAAUAAAAAAUUGACUCUUACGAUACACAGGAGAAUUCAUAGUGGAAACGGAUAUUUUAACAAUGGGAAGGCCUCAGAUCCAUGCCCGCAGCUCAGUGUACACCCUAAUAAUCACAUUGUUGAGAGCAUUCACCACUGCAGGAAAUGUGGGAAAGCCUUCAGGCGGGUGUCGUCCUUUUUACUUCAUAAGAGAGUUCACACUAGAGACAAAAUACAAAAAUACAACAAACACGGGAGAGGCUGCAAAAAGGGACAAGCCCUUGCACAUAGAAGGAUCUGUAUUGGAAAGAAAAUUCAUGAAAGCAGGAAGGUCUUAAUUCAGAGUCCCGGGCGGAGAACUCGCUGCCUGGAAAAUCCUUUCAUGUGUAGGAAGUGUGGGAAGUCCUUUAGUAGGGUCCCGCCGUUGAUGCUUCACCAGAGGAGUCACGCUUCCGGGAAACCCUACAAAUGUGAUAAAUGCCGGAAAGACUUUGGACGGCUUUCGACCCUGAUCCUGCACCUACGAACUCAUAAUGGGGAGAAGCGGUAUGAGUGCAAUAAGUGUGAGAAAGUCUGCUAUCGGCUUUCAGCCCUCAUUCAACACCAGAAAGUUCAUAAGAGGAAAAAGAAACUCAUCGCGUGCAAGGAGUGCGGAAAGAUGUUUUGCGGGAUUAAAAACCUUAAAGUGCACCUGAACAUCCAUUCAGAAGAGAAACCUUUCAAGUGCGACAAGUGUAGUAAGGUCUUUGGCCGCCAGUCGUUUCUUCUUGAACACCGAAGGAUUCACACCGGGGAAAAGCCCUAUCAGUGCGAGGAGUGUGGCAAAGCGUUCAGCCACCGAAUAUCUCUGACCCGACACAAGAGGAUUCACAGCGAAGACAGACCUUACGAGUGUGAGCAGUGUGGGAAAGCCUUCAGCCAGGGCGCUCACCUUGCGCAGCAUGAGAGAAUCCACACGGGAGAGAAGCCUUAUGCCUGCAGAACGUGUAAGAAGUCCUUCACCCAGCGCAUAUCCCUCAUCCUGCACGAAAGAAGUCACACUGGGGAGAAGCCCUACGAGUGUACUGAAUGUGGGAAGGCGUUCAGUAGCGGCUCAGAUCUUAUUCGCCAUCAGAGAAGUCAUUCCUCCGAGAAGCCGUAUGAAUGUAGCAAAUGCGACAAGGCCUAUAGUCGGAGCUCAUCUCUGAUCAGGCAUCAGAGCACACACUCCUCGGAGGAAAAAUCCUAAGAGUUGUUGGCUGAAUCUGCCGACAGCUA